AUGGAGUCAAUAGUCUUCCCCAACCGCCUCUACUAUCGCCCGUCGGCUUUCCCGACUGUCGUCAACGAGAUCAGGGCGACUAAGGUUGUGCUGGUUAGCCACUUGCAUCUGAGGGAGCAGAAGGAGUAUGUUUCGGACAUCUGCAAAGAGAGAGGCAUCGAGGUCUAUUCUGUUGACGUUCCUGACAGCCCUCCCACGAGGCCUAGCAUCGAGCAAUUGAAGGAGGCCCUGGAUCUUGUCCGUCCCGAGACAAUCAUCUGCGUGGGGUCCGUGCAUGCCUCGUACCACUGCGCAGCUGCUUUCCAGGACGGCAUCCGUCCCGAGUUCGUCUACGUGGCCUCGGACAACCGCCCCAUCCCGGUUAUGCUGGGAUACUACAUGUACAUGGGGAAGACUGUGCACUCUGAUAGGGCUUGCCCGGACUUCGUUGUCCUCGACUCAGUGAUUACAGACAUAUCUGUAGACGCCAUACAGCUCUGCAUCAACCUUGCGGAGAGCAAGAGCAAGCUCCUCGGCUCUCUCACCGAGCCUGUGAAGCGCAUUGGAAAGGAACUGCUCGGGACUGUGAAGCUUGACUGCCCCGAGUGGAGGGAGAAGGCCACGAACCUAGUCGGCACCCUUAUGCUUUCUCGCCCUGAAGUGGGAAGGUUCAUUAGGCAGAUCAAGAUAGGCUUUUAA